AUGAGACAAAAGAUUUUAGUUAUUUUGAUUGCUUUGAGUGUGUUUUACACCUCUAAUGCCAUCCCAACGCAUGCUAGUUCUCUGAUAGAGCCACUGCUUAUAGCAGAAGGUGACGAUUCAUCGUUUGUGGCGAUAGAUUCUGGUAUCUUGGGAUUUCCCACUCAUAGUAUUGAUGCCAACUCUAUUGACAUCAAAUCUAGAGGAGGAGCCCCUAAGUUUGGACUUAUGGGAUCAAGAAUUCAACUAUCAAGUCAGGAAAAAUUUAUAAAUUUCUUAUCUGAUAAUUUUUAUGAUUUCCGAUAUUAUCCUUCAAUCGAGACAUUGAACAUGCAUAAAAGGAUUGCUACUCGAAUCAUACAAGAAAAGAACAAAAAUCUUCAGUCUUUAGCUCAGUCAAUUCUGAAUUUUGGAGAUUUAUUUGAACGACGAAGUUUGGAUUGGGAAACCAACACAAAGAAGAAGUUUGUGAUUCCAUGUAUAAAUGAAGCACUUGAAGUUUUAGAAGAAUCUUCUUUGAAGCCAAGAGAGCGAUUGUGGAUUGUUGGAAUCCUGUUACGCAUCAAGACCUUUUUCUCAAAGGAGUCUCGAUUCUACUUGAAAGAUUUUCGUGAUGGCUAUCAUGUCAGUCGCGGAGAAGCUGAGAUUUCCCUUCUUACAGGGCAAGAAAAAGCAAUAGACGCUGAACUCGCACAUAUGUUUGACUCCCGCAAUGGCCAUCAAGACAUGAAUAUAUCGAAUCAAGUCCUGAGAGAACCAUUGGAAAGGAUCAAAAUCAUCAAUCAAUUUAAGAUGGACAUUCUUGAAAGCAAUCCCAGCUUCACUCCAACAAAAUUGAUAAAAGAAAUCCAUGAUGAUUUACUGCGACUUUCAGUACCAUUGAAAUUCAGUGAUUCAAAAAACCUGCUUGAAAAUAUAAAACUCUUGAUACUUGAUGAUCACUCUACUCAGUUUGAAAAAGAAUUUGCAGAUCAUAUCUUCUGUGAUCAUAUCUGGGUCUUUCAUGCACAAGAACAACAAUUAUGGAAGGCUACAAAACUUUCUGAAAAUCCCUUGUUUUGGAAGAAAGAAAUGUUCACUAGAGCCGUCUGGAAGUUGAGAAGUAUUUCUAGGCUAUCAGAAACACCAUCGAUCUUGAAGCCCUUUGAGAACUUUAAAACCUUAAAAGUAGAUGAUUUCCAAAACGCGUUAUCAGAGCUGAAUCGCGCUUCCGGGUAUGCUGGUGUCAGAAUUCUGUACGCUUUGUCAACUGCUGCAUGGCUAAGGCAAGACCUUUAUGAAAUAUUCAAAGAAUUUGUCUUGAGGUUAUCACCAGUCCCACUGAAUUUGGCCAAGAUAUUGAAAACUGUUUAUCCUGAUCUUAACCCAGAAGUGUACUCAAAGACAAACUUCUUUGAUCUGAUAUUCCACUUGGGAAACAGUAUUAUUGCAUCAUCAAGAAGGGUAAUACUUGAAAAUAUGCUACUAGAGAAAAAUAUUGUUCAGCCAGAACUACUUGAGAAAUACCAGGAUAUCAAGUGGACAACACCGCCAUCUGAUCAUUCUCAAUUCAAUAACCUACUCAGCACAUUGAUGGUAGUCUUCCAAGAGAAGAGGUUGACCAAAAGGCCUGAUGAUAAGCUUUUAUUGUUUGAAUACAUGAUUGGAGUGAAAUCUUAUGCAUCAAAUGGUUCUGAACAUAUGAAAAAUUUACUUCAAAAUGAAAUUAAAGAUAGAACAGUUGAAUGUGAAUUUUUCAAACAAGCAGAAAAAUCAACCUUGAUAAGUGGUAUCUCACCUGGAUGUGUUCAGAAGCAUAUCUUUUGGGCACAAGGUCUUGGUCAUUUGUUCAUUCCUCAUUUUGAUCAGUCUAUUUCAUCAAUGAAAUGUAUUAUACAAUGUAAUCAUUCUAGAGAAUGA